AUGGAAGUGCUCAUAAAAUAUUUCGAAAAUAAAAAUCUAAAUCUAGCAUUAGCAGACAUUUUUUUUCUGAAAUUUGUGCUCAAAACUGGAAUCUCCAGGCACUCUAAAUUAUUCUUUGAUCUGCACUUUUGCAGGUUUUGCAACAUUGACCAAUCUGUACUAAUGGUCAGGGCACUGCCACAUUUUGCCACGAAAGCAGUCCUGGAAGAGCGAUUUAAAAGUGGCUUUUAUUUACAUUGGUACUGCAUUUUUCCAAAUAUUCCCAAAUCAUACAGUUUUUAA